AUGGGUCCUUUUAUAACAGAUGUUCCAAUGUCUGUCCUUCAAGAUGUUAUAAUAAAGCUGCCAACAAAGAGCAUUAUCAUGUGCAAAAGCGUCUGCAAGACUUGGUAUUCUCUAAUUUCGGAACCUGCAUUUGCUAGGCUGCAUUUCGCACAAGCAGAGGCCUAUCCUAUGGUCCGGCCUAUGGAUCGAAGAAGCGUGUCAAGAAACCUUUUCUUGGUUGAGCUUGAAGAUAGCUCUGGUUUUGAUUUGAAGGACCAUGAUUGCAACCGGUCUCGUGUCCACAUGAAUCUUUCCAAAUAUAAAUUCCCAUUGUGUCAUGCUGAGCGGUUACUCAAUUACCAUAGGAAUGGCAAUGUGAUGCCUAGUCAUGAAACUGAAAGAGAGGUUCACAUGAAGAUAACGCAAAUUGAUGACAACAAGAAGAAGGUGGAUUUCCGUGACACUAUCGCUGACAUGAUGCAAUAUGAUGACAACAAGUACAACUUGGUGAAUUCUUGUAACGGUUUGCUUUGCCUGUCUGAUUUUUUCAUUAAUCGUCCUGCUGCUGUGUGCAAUCCAAUAACCGGCGAAUUUAUAAACCUUCCCCAUGGUCCUAAACAUGCGAAGGCAAUAACUUUAAUCGGUUGUGGAUUAGGUUUCAGUCCGCGGACUAACUUAUAUAAGGUGGUGAGAAUUCUUAAGGAACAGACACCUGAUCGCAAUAAGGUGGCUGAGAUACACACCCUGGGAACAGGUUCAUGGAAAUCUGUUGGCACUGCUCCCUGCUCAGACUCUGAGUUAUCAUUCCCUACUUGUGUGAAAGGAAUGCUUUAUUGGUUUUGCCAUGGGUCGACAGGUUGUAGUGUGAUUUCAUUUGACUUGGAUACUGAAGAGUUCCAAUCGGUUCCAUCACUGCCUUUUUGGAAGGGCGGUCGUGAUGAGAUCUGA